UGCACCAAAAAGCCAUUUCACAACCUGGCCACACUGAUCAGGAAGAGUUUUCGCACAAAACAGGCAAUGGAUCUCGAUUGGCAGAACAGCCUAACCGAGCUGAAGGACCGCGGUCAGUAUCUGCUGCACUCGGAGAAGUGGGCCGACUGCCAUUUUCUGGUGGGAUCAGGAUCCUCGCCAAACCAGCGGCUCAUCGCCGGCCACAAGCUGCUCCUGGCGAUGGCAUCGCCCGUGUUCGAGCGGAUGUUCUACGGCAACCUGCCGGACAAGACGGACCCCAUCGUCAUACCGGACGUGCAGCCGGAGGCCUUCGAGGCGAUGCUGGAGUACAUCUACACGGACCGCAUCACCAUCGGAUCCUUCGACAAGGCCUGCGAGCUGUGCUACGUGGCCAAGAAGUACAUGCUGCCGCACGUGGUCACCCGCUGCACGCACUUCCUCUGGUCGGAUCUCAGUCCGAAGAACGCGUGUCGGGCGUACGAGUUCGCCAAGCUCUUCGACGAGCCGCGUCUCAUGCAGAGCAGCAUGGACCUGAUUGCGUCCAAUACGCGCGAGGUGCUGUCCGAUCCCAGCUUCCUGGACAUCGAGGUCUCCACACUGAUGGCCAUUCUCGACCAGAAUUGCCUGAACAUCGACUCCGAGCUGGAUCUGUUCAACUGCCUGCUGAAGUUCGCCAGCGAGCGGGGAAUCCUCAAUGAAUCCGGGCAGGAAGACGGCAACGGUGGCGGCCAGGUCCUGGCCAAGGACUCACCCGACAACGCCGGCGGUCUUGUGCUGGUCGAGGAGAUCAAAAUGGAGCCCGAUGUGGCGGCCAUGGUUCAGCAUAUGCAACAGGAUGACGAGGGCGACGGUUUCGAGACAGACGCCGACAUGGCUUCCACUUCGGGAGCGGCCAAUGCAGCUGCCGCUGCUGCUGCUGCUGCUGUUCCACCGACUGCUGUUUCGCCGCCUUUGGACGUGGCCUCCGCAUCGGCCUCCGACGACUUGGUGAUCAUCGACAGCGAUGCCUCGGCGGAUGCCGCCGCUGCCGCGAAUAUGAUCAAUAUUAUGGACGCCCAGCGCACCAUACUCGAUGGUGCCAUGCUGCGGCAGGCGGUGAAGAAGAUCCGUUUCCUCACCAUGACGCCGCAGCAGUUCGCCGAGGGUCCGGCGCGUUCCAAGCUGCUGCAGCAGCACGAGGCGCUCUCCAUUCUGAUCAAGAUCUCGAGUCCCUCGCUGAACGACUGCCACAUGCCGGAGGGCUUCUGCACGUCGCGCAGCACGCGCAACUUCUACGAAUCCGGCCAUCGUCACCCGCAGCGUGAUCUGUCCUCCUCGUAUCGCAACGUGGUUGCUCCGGCGGGCGGAGUGUGCUUCACCGGACCGGGUCCAUCGAUUCGCAGCGGCGGUCCUCCCGGCAGCAAUGGUGGCCUCAUGAUGGGCAAUGUCCCCCGCUUCGGACCGAUGAACGCACAAUUUAGCUUCGCGGGCGAGGAGCUGGGCGUCCCACCGCCGGAUGCCGCCGCUCCAGCCACUCUGCGUUGUUUUGGCGAGGGCUAUGAGAUCGGACCAGCUGUGCCGGCGCCAGCGAACGAGGAGGAGGCCGGCGAACGUGUCGGCUCGGCGCCAGCUGCAGCUGGUGCACCGGUGGCCGGUGGAGCUCCGGGCGGCUCGGCGGCUGGCAACUCGCACAACGACAUGGUGCGCGCCUACUGCAUGCGAUCGCUGACGCGCCAGUUCGACAUCCACAACACCAGUGUCACGGAUGCGGGCGUUACCUUUCAGGUGGACAGCAACAUCUGGAUUCUGGGCGUUCAGGUGCCGACGCGCGUCCUCUGCGGGGAGUUGAUGACCUCCGCGGGAUUCACGGGACGCUACACGGAGGUGCUGUACGCGCACAUCCAGGACAUGCACGGCUCACGGAUCACGUACACCCAUUGCACGGCGCGCGUGCGCUACGAUUCGCUGCUGGACAUUACGUUCGAUCGGCCCGUGUACAUCUACCGGAGUCAGAUAUACAAGAUCUACGUGGUGUUCAACAAGACCGGAUGGUAUCCCAUGUACUCGUGCGUGCCGGACGCCAACUGUCAUCGCGUUAAGUUCAUGUUCAAUGUCGGCAAUCCCACGGAGUCCGUUCGCGACGGCCUCAUCUACGCCAUCAUCUUCUCCACGCUCCAGGAUCACGGUCGCCACCUGGUCGACUAAAUGCGCAGCAAUAAUUUAGCUUGUACUUUCGAUGUGAUAGGGGAAAUUGAUUGAUCUGUACGCCGAAUUCCUUCCCAUUUAUAUUUUUUUAUAAGCUGGGAACUGAUUUGCAUUGUUUUUUUUUUUUUUACAUCGAAUGACAUUUUCUAAAUUGGCAUAAUACAUCGAGACAUUUCAUCAUCAAAACAUUGUAUUUUCAGAGUUCGGCAAUGGAGCGUUUCCAUUAGUAAAUAGAUUUUUUACGAGUUUAUUAUUCGAUGAGCUGUAGCCAACUAUGCAUUUAUUUUUUCUCAUGCUUUUUUAGCUGCUUGGCAUUUGGAACACCAUCGCAUACAUAUAAUAUUAUUCCUUCCAAUCGUAUUUGCUUUGAUUUAAGGGUUUUGUAGAUCAACAAGGUAAUAUUUUAAGACUUGCGCAAGACAAAUUGGUAUACUUCAAUAAAGUACAUUUAAUAAGUUUAUUAAAAUAA